AUAAGCAAUUGAAAGCAGUUCGGUGGAUUAUAAAAUAGUUAAUAUUUAGUAGAUGAAUUUUAAAGUGGAAUAACAAAUAUAAAAAAUAAAAAUCAGAAGAUUUUAGAAUAAAAGAAAAAAACAAAUCUUAAGUUUUAAGUUCAUUUAAAUUUGCCAGAACCUUAAAUUUGUAAAGUACUUUGCGUUUCCAUAGCAGUCACUGUAUACUUCGGGAUAAGCGCUAGUUGUGGGCCCUCCUUGUAGGUUAAACAUAAUGUAUGGCGGCCAACAGAUGAUGCCAAUGAUGGAACCUGGACCAAAAUUGGGGCAGAGGGCCAUAACUGUGCAACACCCUCCCAGACUGCUCACGCAACGCAAGGUCAUUUACGUGAAGAAACAAAUUCUCGAACCUAAACUUAUUAAUGGAAUGAGGGAAAUUAGCGUCCCUUUCGUGUCCCAUGAAACUUAUAUAAGGAGAGAACCAUCAAUAAUAUAUGUUAAGCAGACUAUUAAGCAGCCAAAAGUUUCAUGGAAAACCAUAAAAAUUUCCGAGCCGGAAGUUAAAUGUAGUUCGAAAGUAGUCAGUGAGCCGAAGGAAGUGUGCCAGGCAAUAUUAUGUCAACCUGCCCCGCAAGUUGUCGAUGUUCCAAAGCCAAUGGAAUAUUGCUGCUAUUCUAUUGGUCCAGCUACCCUCAAUUGCAAACCAGCAUCCCAGUAUACGUGUCCUCCAUGUCCUCCCGCUGUACCCUCGGGGCCUAGGAUGCCUUUUUAUCCCCCAUGUCCGCCGUGUCCUCCUUACUGUCAACCCAAUCCAGGGAUGCGUCCUAUGUACUAAUUUUCUCGUGGAAUGCCCAAGAACUGCAUGUUAAGUAGAGAAAGUUCAUGGAGUUUUUUUGAACUUCUAAAAGGGUCUUCCCGGCAAUGGCUAUAAUGCACUCGUCAUAUUCCAGAGGGUUUUCAGGUUGCGUGUAAUAUGUUUGGUCCUGCUUUCAAGUAAUAUGACGUAUAGAUAUCUGCGUAAGGUCAUCACCGGCUGCUUGAAGUGCAUAUAUGCUUUUUAUUUUGCUUAGGCUAGUUUUCCGAAUUUCAUUUUUUAGAGCACAGCAUGUAAAGUAGCUUUUUUUAAACUCAUGUAAAGUUUGAUUUGUAUGUGCUGAUUAAAUCUAAAUCCCGAAAUAAAUUUUAGAAUUUAA